GGCAGCUGUAUUUGUAGUGUCUGAUUCCUGAUGGAUCCUGGUUAUUGUCAGGUCUAGGCAGUCGUGGCAUCAGAUAGUCCUUGGCUGACUCAGUAGAGAAGAUGAAGAUGUUCCCUUGCACUUUCAAACAGCUCCAGUUUGCAUCUAAUGUUUCAUGUCAAAGGUGCUUAUAAGAAGAAGUAGGAACCGUUUCUCAAGCUGAAGACAGAGUAAAAGAAAACUGUAUCAUGUGUUAGAAUACUGGAGAGGGACAUUCCUUGGAUUAGUACAUUUCUGGCUUGCAAAGCAAAAGAAAGAGGAGGCCAAAAAUGGGGAGGAAGAAAAUACAGAUCACGAGAAUAAUGGAUGAACGGAACAGACAGGUCACCUUUACCAAGAGGAAGUUUGGAUUAAUGAAGAAGGCCUAUGAGCUGAGUGUACUGUGUGACUGUGAAAUAGCACUCAUCAUUUUUAACAGCUCUAACAAACUCUUUCAAUAUGCCAGCACUGACAUGGACAAAGUGCUACUAAAAUACACAGAAUACAACGAGCCCCACGAAAGCAGAACCAACUCAGACAUCGUUGAGACCUUAAGAAAGAAAGGCCUUAAUGGUUGUGAGAGCCCUGAUGCUGACGAUUACUUUGAGCACAGUCCGCUAUCGGAGGACAGAUUCAGCAAACUAAAUGAAGAUAGUGAUUUUAUUUUCAAGCGAGGCCCUCCCGGUUUGCCUGCUCAGAACUUCUCCAUGUCGGUCACGGUUCCGGUGUCCAACCCCAACACUUUAACCUACAGCAACCCCGGGAGCUCCCUGGUGUCCCCGUCCCUGGCAGCCAGUUCGUCCCUGACGGACACGACCAUGCUGUCCCCCCCUCCGAGCGCCCUGCACCGCAACGUGUCCCCCGCCGCGCCCCAGAGACCGCCCAGCGCCGGCAACGCAGGUGGAAUGCUGGGGACAACUGAGCUCUCAGUGCCAAACGGAGCUGGUACCAGCCCAGUGGGAAAUGGGUUUGUGAACUCUCGAGCUUCUCCAAGUCUCCUGGGCACCGGUGGUGGUGGGAACGGCCUGGGCAAGGUGAUGCCCACGAAGUCCCCACCUCCCCCUGGAGGAGGGAACCUGGGCAUGAACAACCGCAAACCCGACCUCCGUGUGGUCAUCCCCCCCUCCAGCAAGGGCAUGAUGCCACCUCUGUCGGAGGAGGAUGAAUUGGAGUUGAACACCCAAAGGAUCAGCAGUUCUCAGUCCACGCAGCCUCUCGCCACCCCCGUGGUGUCGGUGACGACCCCGAGCCUGCCCCCGCAGGGACUCGUGUACUCGGCCAUGCCCACGGCCUACAACACUGAUUACUCCUUGACCAGUGCAGACCUGUCUGCCCUGCAGGGGUUUAACUCCCCAGGAAUGCUGUCCUUGGGGCAGGUGUCUGCCUGGCAGCAGCACCACCUCGGUCCCGCGGCCCUCAGCUCCCUUGUCACUGGCAGCCAGAUAUCUCAGGGUUCCAAUCUCUCCAUCAACACCAACCAAAACAUCAACAUCAAGUCUGAACCCAUCUCCCCUCCCCGGGACCGCGUCACCCCCUCGGGGUUCCCUCCGCAGCAGCCGCAGCAGCCGCCGGCGCCGCCGUCGCGGCAGGAGCUGGGGCGCUCCCCGGUCGACAGCCUGAGCAGCUCCAGCAGCUCCUACGACGGCAGCGACCGGGAAGAUCCCCGGAGCGACUUCCACUCGCCCGUGGUGCUGGGGCGGCCGCCCAACGCCGAGGACCGGGAGAGCCCGUCGGUAAAACGGAUGAGGAUGGACACGUGGGUGACAUAAACCCGCGGGGCCGCCCCGCCAGCCCGGUGUCCCCAGCACGAACUGUCCUGACAUAUCCACAUUUAUAAAUAAGGACGUGACUAAGUAUAUUUAUAUGUAUAUACAUACGUGCAUAUAUAUAUCUCCACAUGCAUAUAUAUGUGCUAGUGUGUGUAGCAUACACCGAUCAUCAGGCACUUACGACAAACUCGUGUAUAGCUGCAGAUGUCCCCUGGUAAAGCAGAACAAUCCCGUAGGUUUGAUCUAGUCUGGCACUUCCCUGGAGUUGUGUUUGGCCCCAGCCGUUGGCAGAGCGUUGUCCCCGCAGUGUCUCCUCCUCCUCCACAGCCCAGGGCUCGCCUGUAGUACGUCCCUGUGUGUUAGUUCAGCUCAUGGUUACUCGUAGUUAAGAAAUAAUUGCUUUGUAGCAGCAGAGCAGUAGAAAAGCAGGAAGAAGAAAGCAAUACUGUACAUAAACUGACCUUUUAUUACCCAACCUGGCAUGGGUCUCUAUUGCAGAGGGUGCAUGGAGAAGGGCUGAUGCUAUAAGAAAUAAAAAAACAUAAAAAACAAAAACCCUGUUUUGCACGUGCAAAAAAAAAAAAUAAAAAAAUAGUGUAUUGGGUCAAAGAAGUGAUUUUUUUAAUGAGUGAAAGACAUAGAGAACUCGCAUGAAAUAUUCAGAAAAUAUUAGCCUAGAAAAUAGAACAUUAACAAAAUAAAAUUAAUAUAUUAAGUUAUAAUUGGAAUAUGUUUGACAAAUUUGUUUUUACGUUCAUACCUUUGAAAAAUAUAGAAACGGAUUUUAGCUCAUGUAUAUUUUAUAUUAAAGAAAACAAUACCCUAAUGAAUUGAAGACUAUAUAUAAAGUUAUAUACAGUACUUUUGAACACAUUCUGCUAUGAAUUAUUUAUAUAAGCCAAAGCUGUAUGUUGUAGCUUUUUUGUAGAGUAUAGUUUUAUCUUAUUUUGACUUUCUAGUUUUUGCUUUCAAAGAUGAAAAGGAAAAACUUGCAGGCGGAACCUUGGGGGAAAAAUAAGCCAUGAACACUUAUAUGUAAAUUUAAAUUUGAGCCAAACUCUUUGUGUAUAUAGCAUCCUAAAUAUAUUAUCACCUUUGGUGUAAGUACCUAUGUAUUGUACGGUCACCAGAUUAAAAAGUAUAUUUUUGUGGAUUGACGCCAACUUGAAACAAGGCGAGGUCCUUAUUAAGUAGAGUAUUCACUGUUUAAUAUUUACUAUUUUGUUAAAUAUACUGUACUUUCUUUGGAUUUUAAUUAUUAUUAAUAUUAUUAUCCAGAUUUUUCAGAGGGUGUAUAAAGGGGUUGGCCCCCUCACUGGUGGUGAAUGUGUGCCGUUCAGUUGUAAUCUCUGUGCUGUAUGGUUAAGCUUCAUUAUACAUUUUAUAUAUAUGUAUAUAAAUAGCAAAGUGGCAAAAAAAAAAAAUCCGGUGUUAAGUUCAUCCUGCAUAAAUAUAAAAAAUCUGUUACAACACAUUUUAAGGCAUCAUUUUAAAGCUGCCUCUUCUGAGGAGGGAGAAAAAAAAAACAGUGGAAAAACUUGACCUAAUUUCUCAUGAUAGGGAAAUGACACAUAUCAGAGGAGCACAAAAGGUUUUGGGAGUUGGCAAGUGGUUUGGGAAAAAUUUGCUGCUUCCAAGAAAUAGAAGGAGGGAUCCAGAUCCCCCUUGUGCUGUGAGCCCGGGCUGGGAGCAGGUUUGGUGUUGGAGUUGGGGUCACUGACAGGCUGGCGGUGCUGGGGAGGAAACUGCAGUGGGAUUAUCCAAACUUCGUGGUUAUCCCUGAUAUUUAUUAAACUUUUGCUUGGGCUUUAUUUCUGUGUAAUUCCAAGUCCCCCCAUGCUGUGACAGGAGCUGGGAGAGGGGGAGCAGGAGAUACCUGCAGCCUCCAGCCCAUCCCCUGUCGUGGCAGCGGGAAACCCGCACAGGCUCCAGUCCCUUCCCAGCCCUUCCUUGGCCCUGGAUCCCAUUAGUUUGGGAUGGUACUGGCUGACAGGGCAGGAGGGCAAAGGGGACUCGUUCCCCAGGCCACUGUGCUCCCCAGUGACCGAAUUCACUUGCCAGCCCCUGCACCUUUUGCUGCUCCGACCAGUGGUGUGAGUUCCAUGAUUUAUGCACCUGUAUGACCUUUGCUGUACAUCCGAGUGGGAGUUCUGCAUUCACAUUUACUGUCUAUUUUCUUGUGUGCCUUAUCAGAUGGCUUUGCUGACUGUAUCUCAAUAGUCUUUAUUUCUAUGCAGGUUUUUAAACAGUACUAUUACUGUUUUCUUAAAGACAAAGCUACACAAGGGUUAGAGUUUGUAUUGAAAUUGCACCAAUGAAUUAAAAAAGAGUAUUAAAGAAAAUCAGUUCUAAAGAGCUGGGCUGGGGACUGGCCCUGUGCUGCCCCAGCCACGGCAGAAAUGUCCUUCCACAGCCCUCCCGUCUUGGGGAGCAGCUCCUGCCAUCGAGGAAAUGGGAAUCCUGGUUUUUAGUAACAAGUAACUCACUUUGGAACAUACUUUUUUAGAAAUUGUAAAAAAAAAUGUUUUAUAAAAAAAAAAUAAUUAUGACAUAGCACAGAUAUUUCAACAGGUGAAAAAAAAAGAUAGUAAUACUUUUUUAAAAUUCUCUCUCUGCUGACUGAAGUGCAAGUGGAUCCAACCCUGGGCUGAACCCAGUCAGGUCUGAGUGAUUUAAGAUUUUUAGCUCUGUUGUGACAAAUCACCUCCAUCCUCGAGCUCUCACAGUAGUUUUGGGAACGCCACGUUGUCAGGGACUCGUCAGAACUGCUUUAGCCUUGCCCUCCCCUCAAGGACACUAAUGCAGCAGGAACUCCGAGUUACUGUGCGCACAAGAAAUACAUAGUAAAUAAGGAACAAAACAACUCCUAACAAUUGAUCCUGGGCAGAAGUGAAAUCCGAAUGUGAAAGAAAGACUUAACCAAUGUAAACAUUUAAAUCUUAGUAGAACCUUUCUUCACUUUGCUGUGCAAGAGAAACACUGCUUUGCUAUAUUUAAAAUGGCUUUUUUAAAAGAGAUUUAUGUAUUUGGUAAAUGUUUGUAGUCAACAGUUCACAAAGAAGCUGUUCACGGUUUAAUGCUGAUAAGCCGUUUGGCGGCACAAGCUGGACUUUGUUGCCAUCCUUGAGACGAAUCUUUUAAGAAAAAAAAAAUAAGUUAAUCUCAAUUUUUUUUCCCUGAAUGUGUUGUUUUUUCUUCAAUAUACAAUAAAUAUUCUAGUGAACUUUUUAUCAAAUGGUUAAGAAAAAAUGCUAGAGGUUGUUGUAAAAUAUUUGUAUCCUGCAUUCACUAAAGUAAAGAUACUGGCUUUUACUGUGUA